AUGGCACCGACGUCGCCCAUCGCGUUCUUGGGAUCCUGCAGGUCCCUCGGUCAGGCCCUCCAGGUUCACGCGCAGGUGGUCGCCAGAGGUCUCCACCGCCACCUGUUCAUCGUCUCCAAGCUCGUCACCUUCUUCGCGCUCUCCAAUUCGACCUUCGGUCUCGACCACUCCCGCCUCCUAUUUUCUCUGCUCGACUACCCGGAGGUCUUCCUGUUCAACACGAUGAUUCGCGGCUAUGCCCGGAUUGGGCCCCCGUCAGAAGCCAUCGCCAUCUUCAAAUCAAUGUCUUCACCCAAUAACUUCACCUUCCCCUUCCUGGUCUCCUCCUGCGCGAAGAUGCCGAGCCCGGAGACGGGAUUAGGAAUUCACUGCCACAUAGUGAAAUCUGGGUUCGAUUCUGACAUCUUCGUCGCCAAUUCUCUGGUUCACUUCUACUCCCGUUUCGACGACCUGAGUGGCGCGCGGCAGCUGUUCGAUAAGAUCCCCGACCGAGACGCCGUCACGUACAACACCGUGAUUAACGGCUACGCCAGGGCCGGCCGAGCGGCGGAAGCCCUGUCUCUCUUCAAGGACAUGUGCCAAUCAGAAAUCCUCCCAGAUGCCUACACGUUCGUCUCUCUGCUUUCUCUAUCCUCGUCCAUGGCGGAUCUCCCUACCGGGAGAUUCAUUCAUCAGUUGAUGUAUAAGAACUUGCCCGUCUCCGGCGUUCUGCUGAAGAACGCGCUCGUCGACAUGUACGCCAAAUGCGGGGUAAUGAAGGCUGCGAAGCGGGCCUUCGCCGCCCUCCGGCCGCGUGAAAUCUCCGCUCCGGCGAUUAGCAGCAUGAUAACUGGCUACGCAGGCCGCGGCGAAGUAGAGAUCGCUCGAAAGCUGUUUGACGAUAUGCCCGUGAAAGAUUCGAUAGCUUGGACCGCCAUCAUCGGCGGCUAUUCACGGGCGGGCCGGCACAGGGAGGCGCUGGAGCUCUUCCUUGAAAUGGAGGCAUCUGGGGCGGAACCCGACGAGGUGACCGUCUCUGUGGCGCUGUCGGCGUGCGCGCAGGCCGGCGCCGUCGAGAUGGUCAAGCGGCUUCACCGGUGCGCAGAGAAGAAGUCUCCUCCAAGGCGCAACCUGGUCCUCGCCACGGCCAUCGUCGACGCCUACGCCAAAUGCGGGCUCGUAGCAGCGGCUACCGAUGUAUUCCGAGGAGUCGACGGGAAAUCGAAGACGGUGCCGCUGUUCAAUGCCAUGAUCUCCGGCCUCGCCCAACACGGGCUCGGCGUGGAAGCUCUGGCGACGUUCAGAGAGAUGGCUCCAUUGAAUCUGAACCCCGACGAGAUCACAUUCACGGCGGUGCUCUGCGCUUGCAGCCACAGUGGACUGAUCGAAGAGGGGAAGAAGAUCUUCAACUCCAUGCCGACGGACCACGGAAUCAGACCUCAGAUGGAACACUAUGGCUGCAUGGUGGAUCUUCUCGGCAGAGGCGGGCUAUUGAAGGAGGCUUUUGGAUUCAUCGACGAGAUGCCCAUUGAGCCAAACUCCGUCAUCUGGCAUUCUCUCCUCGCUGCUUGCAGAACCCAUGGCGACAUCAGCACCGGAGAGGCCGCAGCUAGGCGAUUUCUUCUGCUCGGCCCGGAUGGGGGAUCGUGCGUUCUCCUGUCGGGAAUGCUGGCGGACGCCCAGAGAUGGGAGGAUUCAACGAAUGUAAGGAGAUUGAUCGGCAGAAAUGGCAACCAGAAGAAGCCUGCUGGCUGGAGCUACAUUGAGUGGAACGGUUCUCUGAACCAGUUUCUAGCUAACGACGGCUCCCAUCCCCAGACCAGAGAGAUCUACCGGAAGCUGGAGGAGAUGGCCGCCCAGUUGAAGUCGGCCGGCUACGUCCCCUCCACAGAGAGGGUCUCAUUCGACAUAGACGAGGAGGAGAAGGAGGUUGCAGUGCUGCAUCACAGCGAGAAGCUGGCCCUGGCGUUCGGGCUCAUCACUGUGGAUCCAGGGGCGGCUAUACGCAUCUUCAAGAAUCUCAGAUUAUGUAAUGACUGUCAUUCGUCAUUCAAGAUCGUCUCCAAGGCCUACGGGAGGGAGAUCAUCGUGAGGGACAGGAUAAGAUUCCACCAUAUGAGGGAAGGAUCGUGUUCUUGCCGGGAUUACUGGUGA